UGAUGUAAGAACCCAGUUGCUAUGGAAACAGGACACUCGUUUACCUCAGACCUUCAGCAGCGUUGUUAAGCUGCAAUGGCGUUCACAAAGUCGAAUAAAACUUCUAAAUAGUGUAAAAUUGGACCUAAAUUAUCUAUAUUUCUAUUUUAGGCUACAUGUGAUGUACAAAUACUGCGUUUGAAGAAUUUUACAUUCUACGACAUUUUUUGCUUCAAUAAAAUGGACAGAAAUAGUAUGCAGUGUGUUGGAAGGCCAUCAGAAGUGGCAUCAAAGGUCAACGAAAGGGAAACUGGGCCCAUUAAACCAACGUGUGCCACCUCAGCAGAUCCUUUGGCAAAAGAAUCAGUCGAGUGGAAACCAAAGCAACAGAAACCAAAACCCAGUGGAAAAGUAGAGGGACAAAAUCCUUCAAUAAACUCUGACACAUCAAAUCCCACGAUCAAAGCACAAAGUUACAAGAGGCAACAGAAAGCAAAAUCCAUUGGAAAAACAGGGAGACAAGAUUCUUCUACAAACUCUGAUACAACAAAUCCUACACAAGAAGGUGAGAGUUCUCACAGCGGAGGGUAUAAUGCCACUAAAGCUCCGUCCUUCAAAAAUGUAACUACGCAUGGACAUAAACUACCUAAACAGGUUCCUCCUGUUAUGACAGAACAACGAACAACAUCUGAAGUCAAGUUAGACAGUGGACAUGAACUUGAUGAACUUCAAAUCCACCCUCAUGUAGUCCUGUGUGACCCAGAUCCUCAUGUGGAAGAGCGCGAGGAAGAAGAGAGCGAAGAACACGAGACAGCCGAAGGUCACGUGCCGCUUGAAUUAUUUGCAGAGUUCCUGCAGGCUGUGAUGACAAAGAAUUACCAGCUUGCUAAGAAACUCUGUCAGAUGAUCUUGAUUUAUGAACCACAAAAUUCAGAGGCAAAGAAUUUUUUACCCCUCAUUGAAGAAAAAUUACUGAUCGAAACCGAGGAGUGUUCAGACAAUAAUGAUGAUGAAUCUGACACAUCUGAUGAUGAUGAUGAUGAAGAGGAUGACAGCAGUGAUGAUGAAGACGUUGAUGAUAAUGAAUCCUCAGAUAGUUGUGACACAGAUGAAGAAUCCACUGACAGCACAGAUGAUACAUCAUCUUCAUCAUCAGCAACAUAAAGAGAGGAAGAUUUCUUCCAGCUAUUUUGAGGUUAUAAAGAACCAAUUAAUAUAAUAACCAAAUAUUUUUCUUUGAUCAGGAAGUAGUGUAAUUGUCCAUGUUUGUAUACAACAGGAUCCAGUUACAAAGAAUUAAGCAUUAUGGUGCAAACAACCUCCUAGGUCUUAGGAGGUUAAACAUAUUUUCAAAGCGAUUGGUUCCAGUGCUUGAUUUUAAAUGGUCAAAAGCUGUGUGUUAUUUAUGAUAAAACUGAGCUAUAGCCAAAAAUAUUGUUUACUGUACUGCAUUGUAAAAACAAUAUUAUGUACCUAAGUAAAUUUAACUAAAUAAAAUGAGUAAAUUUUGUAAAAAAAAAGAAUUCUUGUUUCAUAACCUAAAUUUGAGUAAAAAUAACACAAAAAAAGUAAUUUAAGAAAUUCUAAAUGAGCACAAUAUUUAUUAAUUUAAUUGUAUCAUGUAAAAUCCACUUAAAUUUGUAAUAAGGAAAUUAGCUUAAUCAUUUUGUGUUGAAAAUACUUAAAUGAUUUUAGUAGGUAUAACCAACUAGGCAGUGGACUUGUAGUUCCCAGCAUGCUUUGCAUGAGACUGCAUUUGGAGAUUAAAAUUUGAAAUUAAACGCUAUUUUAUGUGUUUUUUGACUUGUUAGUGUUAAAUGUUCAUUUAUUUUUAAAGAUUAGUAGAGUUUAUGUUUCUU